UAUUUUUUCGGACAUAAUUGAAAAAAAAAAAAAAGUUAAUAUUCUUCGAAUCAUUCUCACGAAAAUUGAGCUCAUAUUUUUUUCUUCCUUCUUCUUGUUUAUGUUCGCGUAAACAUGAAUUCAGUAGCAGCUGAAGAUAAUAAAAAAGCGGAAAUUAUUAGUAAUAAGUCGAUAAAGAGAAACCGCGAUAGCAGCAAGCAUCCUGUUUUUAGAGGCGUUCGAAUGAGGAAUUGGGGAAAAUGGGUGUCAGAAAUUCGCGAGCCACGUAAGAAAUCACGUAUUUGGCUCGGGACUUUUCCAAAUCCAGAAAUGGCAGCUAGAGCUCAUGACGUGGCAGCUUUAAGCAUAAAAGGUAAUUCAGCUAUACUUAACUUUCCUGAAUUAGCCGGUUUACUUCCUAGACCGACUACACUUAGCCCGCGUGACAUUCAAGCAGCCGCAGCUAAAGCCGCAGCAAUGGACAAGUUCGAUGGUGAUAAUAAUAAUAAUAAUAAUAAUAAUAAUAUUACUUCUCCGAAUAAUUCAACUUCAUCAACAUCAUCAAAUAUGUCCACAUCUUCAUCUUUAUCAUCGCUGGUAUCGGCGAUAGAUUUGGCAACAUCAGAAGAAUUGACGCAAAUAAUUGAGUUACCGAAACUAGGUACAUCUUUUGAAUUGAAGAAUGAUUUUGUUUUUGCGGACUGUUCCAGUAUGGAAACAGGCUGGUUAUAUCCUGAAGAUGGAGGAAUGAUUUCUACCUGUUUUGAGCCUUCUUUGUUGUGGAAUUAUUAACGGAUCGUAACCGAUGAAAACCUCCUUGCUUGAGGAGGGUAAAAAUCAUGACUUACCAUGUAGGAUUUGUGUGGACUAUGGAUUUUUUUUUUUUUGUUGGUUGUAUAAAAGAGUUUUAGCCUUUACUUCAAUUUUUCUGUAGAGGGGCUAAAAGGACUUUUCAUUCCCUUUUUAUGUAACUCUCUCUCUAUUUCUAUUUCUUCUUAAAAUAAAAUAAAUCUAACUGUACAGUGUUAGGAAGGGAAGAAUUAAAAGUGUCAUAAAUGAAAGGCCUUGUCAAUGUUGGUUUACUCACCUA